CCGUGCACCAGGGGUGCAAAUGCUCCCAAAGCCGCACCCCCCCUUACCAAUCAUUAAUCACUGCCGGGCCGGCAACACGAGCGAGCAGCAAGCAAGCAGGAAAAGGCCAAGUCUCCGCAGCCCCCACGGGAGCAGCGGGAAGCAGUGCUGACCGGUUCCCUGUGGUGGCAGCUCACUCACUCCUCGACCACCCUCCCCUGGGAAGUCCCGGUGGAGGUGGCCAGUCCCACAGCACGGCCCUUCAGGAAGGUCACUGGGUCCUGGGCGCGGGAGGCUCUGCGCGGCUGGGAGCUGUUGGGCUACACAUGAGGCAGGAGUUCUGAAGAGCAGCUUUGUCUUCUUGGCACCACAGUCUUCUUCUCUUCACCAUGCGGCACAAGGCAUUUUGGAGUGCCCUGGAGUACACCUGCCGAUUGCUGGGCAUCUCCACGGCAGCAGUGCUGAUCGGUGUGGGCGUAGAAACUCUGCAGCGAGGACAGUUCAAAAGCCUGGCUUUCUAUCUGCUUUUUUCAGGGGUUGCAGUUACUGUCUGUGAAGGCUUCUUCUUUGUCAGUUUGUUCCUGGAGAUGUGCUUCACAUAUGAGCCUGAGUCCCUGGCACAGCCCUGCUGGAAGCGAGCUAGACGCCCAGGGAGCUUCCAGAAAUUCCUGGGGUACAUGCUGCUCUCAGUGGCUUGUUUCCUGCAUCCUGUCCUCAUCUGGCAUGUUACCAUCCCUGGGUCCAUGCUGGUGCUCACUGCCCUGGCCUACUUCCUGUUGAGCAAGAGGAGCAAGAACCCAAGGCACAAGGAGGCGCAACCCCAGGCGGGCCAGUAUGUGGACCCUUCAGCUACUGUGGCAGCCCCAACAAUUGCUGGUGACACUGAGCAGACCUACACCUUCCAUGGGGCCCAGAGGGAGCAGCACUGCUCACUGCUGGGCCAUAUGAAGAGCAUCCUGAAGGGUAGUAAGGACAGGGGCCCAGCUCCAGCACCUCCUGCCCAACCGGCAGCUCCACCAGCCCCACGCAAGCAAGUGCACUUCCAGGAGAAGGUGGUGCAGAUCAUCCCCUCUGUCAGCGAGAGCUUGGAGGACCUGGAGAGCGAGGCUGAAGAGACCACAUCAGAUACAACACCCAUCCUCACUCCACCUGAUGCCCCUGUCAUCCUCGCUCCCCUCAGCUCCACAGGACUCUUUUGAGCCCUCAGCAGGAACAAGGAUGGGACAGACCUGCUAUCCCUGACACUAGCAUCUCUCCCUGCAUUUGGCAGCAGCCAAAGGGCCCUAAGAGGUGGCCCUCCUUGCCCUCCCUGCCUCCAGGGUAACAGCUCUGUCUCUUCUUCUUCAGGGGGCUGCCCAUACUGCAUGGUCCCACACCUUGUGACAGGGCCAGUGGCAGUCCCCAGCCCCUGCAGUGCCAUGCCCAGAGGACAGGCAGUGGUUCAGCCAGUGUAGUGCCAGGACAGUAAGGUUUCUGGUCCCAUAGCCUCACAUGUGGGUCACCCCUCUGCUACAGCACUAUACAUCACAGAGUCUGCUCCUGCCUAACAUCACAGCCAUGGCGUAUGCUUCCCAUGAGGCAGCAGCUGGCAGGAGGUGAGACCACCAUGCCCCCUCUCACUACAUGUUGAAGAACUCAGGGCUUGUGACACAUUCAGCAUAGGGCACCACAGCCUGCACGUUCCCUUACAGCACCUGCACCAGCUGCAGCAGGCCCAGGGCACCCGGAACAUCAUUUCAAAGGUGGGCUGAGACCAAGCACACCCCUGCGGGCUAGCACAGACUAAGUGCCCUCUCCUGAGACACACUGAGCUCAGGAGGGAAAUCAACUCUGCCCUUGGGGACAUCUACACAGGAGCAGGGAGGGCCCAGGGGCUUCCUGGUGUCCCCUGCCCCAACAGCCCUCUUGGGUUAGAAGAGCUUUGGGAUGAUGUGACAGCUCAGGUCAUGAGAUUCAGCACCGCACUGGCACAGUGGACUGCGUGUAACUCCCAAGGUGUGUUAAUUAUGUGUCCCAGAGGGCAAAGGCAAUAAUAAAGUUACAAUGUUGUCCCACCAGUCCUCUCAGUACCAGAUCUUCCGUGAACCCUUCACCUCUGUCUUAAUCCUACCAUAUUUUCUGCCUUUUGAGGACCGUUCACCUAUAGACAGUUAUUUCUCUCCUGUUCAACUCAUCCCCUUGGCUCUUUUCCACCUGAGGACUAAGACUUUCUGCUUCCAGAUGGCAAAUGCUGUCUGUGCCUGCAGAUACCAUCACCAAGAGCUCUCAUCAAUAUCAGGCAAUUCUUUUGGCUGCACAUGGGAAAGAGCUUAGGUGGCUAGUUUUUCUCAGACAUGGGACAUGAGACCACACUGUCACCACUACUGGGAUGAAGAGCUGUAACUGCUCGAAGCCCAGUCACACAGCAUUGGGGUGAAGUGGUGGUAAGAAGAUCCUUGAGACCUGCUAGACUAUUUAUAAGGUAGAAGCCAGUGAGGCUGACUGUUUUUCUUGGAAAUACAUUAUUUCUUCUUUUUAAAAUCUCAGCUCUCCGAGCUACAAUCAUCAUGUUCAUUUAGGAAAGCAGUGUAGUUUGAAGUGUGAAAAUGUAAAGUGUAAGUGUUCAAAAAUCAGAAGGCAAUUGAGAUAAGAACCCAGUGCUACUUUUUAAUAAAUGCUUUUUAAGUGACUCUUAAUUUGAGAGAUGGAUAAGGAAGAAAGUGGAAGAUAGUGACUCACAAUAUUUGACUGCCUGUGUUUGAUAAUGAAACUUGUCCACAGGAGCAGCUUAUGAAUGGUUGCACACACUUGUGAUUUCUACAAUCAGACAUAAAUAACAAGCUUCUUGUUGCAUCACCAAGAUUUAAAAUGAUAGCUGGUAUCAAUCUCUUCUAAACAUGAUAUAUGGAUUAGAGCCCUCCUCCUUCUGGCUGCACAAAUUAACCCUCCACUCUGCAAUUGCAUGUUGGGGAAGAGUCACGUACACAUCUGCCUUUAGGGAGGUUUUGCACAUGCAAAAAUGUCUUCAGAAAAUUGUGCCUGUUUACAGACUAACACUGCACAACUGAUAGCAGCAAGCCCAGUAUCCAAAUACAGCUCCACCCUUAAACUACUGUAUUCAUCACAUUAAAAAAUGAAGUUAUUCUCCUCUAAAGCUGCUGGCCAAACAGCAUACCUUUGCCAACAAAGGUCCUGAUCCAGCCAUACUAACAGUGUACCCACCCUUGCCAAUUCUGUCCAGAGAGGCUGUGCUCAGAGUUGGCUCCCCAGCACAAUCACACAUCUGAUCUGCAAUUAGACCCACUCUCAUUAGCAAACUCAUCUUUCUGCAUCAUCCAAGGCUCUUCUUUGAACAUUGCAUAACUAAUUAUAUGCACAGAGAUCAGGUUUGUUGAAGAGGCAUUGCUCCCAAUAGAUCAAGCUAUCUGCUGACAAGAGAAAGACCACAUUUCUGCAGCCUCCUCUCUAGCCCCAAGCAAAGCUCCAGGGCAGCCCGGGUGGGGACAGCUGCUCUGUGAUAAAUUUCAUCCUUCAGCCCUUAGUCAGCCCCAUUCUGGUGAAGCAGCAGGGCCGGCUGGCAAGGGGAGAAGCAAUGCAGUGAGAGCACCCAUGGCACCCUGAAGUGUGUGGGGGAGCAAAUUCCAUUGCUCUGUGAAAAGUAUAAAAUGAGCUUGCAAUUAUUAUUGUCUGCAGAACUAGAUAUUUCAGUUUUUAGGCUCAUCUUUUGAAAGCUAUUGUAGGUUUCCCUUGGGAAGCAACACUGGGGGAAGCUAUAGGUGAGGUGGUUGUUCAGCCUUCCUGGAGACAGCACUGGAACUAGUUUCUUUCUUGACUGCUCCCUUGUGUCAGCCUGGCUAUUCUCCAGCCAUACAGGUAGCUGGCUCAGGAUAUGAACACUGGGAAAAAGCUGGUCAUCUUUUCUGUGGUAUUUAAUUGCCUGUUCAGUUAAGGUUCAUGGCUGUCUUACCCUGGAGUCUGCCAAGAGCCUGCACCAGUACCAGGGAAGUAGAUGUUCCUCCAGAAGCAGCCAGGUUGUGCCCCAAACAGCAUCAGAUGAGUGUGAUCCUACCACAGGGGCUAAGCUGCCCCUGCCAAGGAGUCCAUUUGUACAUCCCUACUCUGCUCCUCACUACCUGUCCCACCCCAUGUGCUAUCAGCAUACAGAGCUUGUUAGACCAGAGAUAAAAUAAUUAGGAAAAAAAAAAGUGGGUGGCUAUCUUCUUGGGUAAUGAGCCAAAUAAAUUAAUGGAAGGAAGGGCCAGCCGCAAAAUGAAGGGGAUGGGGGAUAAAAGCACUUCUUUCAGAGGCAGCAGGCUGUUAGAGCAGCUCAACUGCUUAAAGAAAUGCAGCCUCAGGCUUUCUUUAAAAUCCCAGUGCAGAGGAAAUGUUCAGCCUCAGGGGGUGUCAGAUGACUUUAUAGAGGGCUCAGAGAUUAUUCACUCAAGUGUGCACUACUCUGUUGGCCCCUCUCCCUACUUCUAGCUGUGAGGGUCACCCCAGGGACUAUUGAAAGCACCAGAGAUGCUGUAGAGAGCUGUUGGGGGGUCUGUAUAUUAAAUAUGCAGGGUAAUUGCAGGAAAAGAAAAAGAGGAAGAGCUUGAUGUUAUUAACUGUGCAGUGCAGUGGUAUCUGAAUGUGAGCUGCCUGAGCUCUAAGUCCACACAGCACUAUAUGAACACUGCUUUAAAAUUUUUGCCUGCAUUACAGUUUAGUCAUGAUACAGCUAAUCCACUGAGAUUAAUCCACUGAGUUAUGGGUGUAUAAAGCUAUAAACUCCUAUGGAUUCACAUACUGAAAGGAAACAAGGUGAAUCAUCCAAAAGAAAUACAUGUGUAAGGUAAAACUCUGUGAGGUAAUCCUGGCAGAAAUUGUUUCCUUCAAAAUUUCCUCCAAAGAUUUCCCUGCAUGAGGAAAAAUAUCCUUCCUUUGCAUGUACAUGUGCAGUAAAAACACUCUACAAUGCUACUUGAUAGCCCCCAUCACAACUUAGUGAACUAAAACCUGAUUUUAGUGCAGGCUUUAGUUACAAUUCUUCUCCACCUCCAGUGCACACUAGUACAAGUAGUUGUUUCACAGCCCCAAAGGCAGGUACACUACCUGCCCACCACAGUGUUCCCUCCUCAUGUCAGUUGCUUAGAUAGUCACCCUCCAAACGCCUUACCUCCCCCUGGGGACUUUGGGCCCCAGUUUCUCAGAGCAUUGCUCUGUAUUUGAAACAUGGGUAUGAAUGGUUUACCCAUGAAAAUAAGGUACAUUUGGAGAGAAAAGUGUUCAGUUUCUGCAAUGUCAGUACUCAAAAUAAGAUGUGCUGCUCAUAUCUGCAUGUGCAACAACUCAUGGCUGCAAGCACUGAUACUGGCAUUAGUGGCAUGGGUGGCUCCUAAUACAAUAUUGAGUCAUGUCCACAUGAAGGAGAGGACCUGUCUCUGCUCGAUUACAAAUGCUGCAUGCUCACACACCUGCAAUCCUACCACUCCUCAGCCCUGAACCUUCUCCCAUCCCAUUCAGGAGAUUCUCCCAUGUGCUUGGCCAGAAAUGCAGGUUCUGUUUUGGCUGGACUCCUGCAUUUUGUGCUGUGCAGGAAGUUACAGGAACGAGAAACCAGCUCCAAACCUGCCUGGGAUUUCUCAGAGCUGACAGCUCCUUUCUCUGCUUGGCAUGGUGUGGGCAAAAGCAGGAUCUGGCUUCCAGCUGCUAUGUAUCAGCUUGCAUACCACUGGUGAAAUAACUGCACUUAGGUUAUAUCCUAGUGAAUGAUUAAGGUACCUUUAGGAAACUAAUUCUAGGCAGGUAUUCACUCAGCAUGUGACUUUACUGAAUCUUGUUUUGAGGCUUUAUGCAAAACACCAGGAACCUGAUUUUCCAACCCAGGUGUUUGCAUCAC